UAGAACAAAAAUGAAGUUGUAUUCCGAUUGGACGGUGGAACAAUAAAUGGGGAAUUGAUAAUUUGUAAAUCGGACCUUGGGAUACAGCAUACAGUUAACUUGGAAUUUGCAAGUUGCAUAUAUGGAACCAGCGACAGAAACAGUAACUCCUGUGACAGAAACAGUAACUCCUGUGACAGAAACAGAGACGUCAAUAAAUCAUGCUAGUGCUAGUGCUAGUACCGACAAGUCUGGCUCAGUGGUACCGCAUACGGACAGUGUAAUAUCAGAAAAUCCAAACGAGGUAAGAAAUUGUCAAAAUAACUCCCGCUCCGCAGAGAAGUCUUGUGAUGCAACGCCAACAACGCAAGAGGUUUUCCGAAUAUCGAGGCCAUUGAUCGUAAAAAGCAAAGAUAAGCUCACAUCAAGAAGUAAUAAACUAGUACCUGAACAAUCACUUGAUAACACAAUGACAACAAAUUGCAGACAAAUGAACAUUAAGAAAAGUUUAAACGCAAAGCCAAGAAAUAUUCAAACGGACUCAUGUAGCUCAAAUGGGAAGUGGUCUGGAUAUAGGAACAAGCAGUCUCUGAUACCGUGUAAUAGUCACAAUGCAAUUUUGUUACCACGACCUCAGAUUGCAAAUGCAGCUUUGCCUGAGGCUCAUAUUCAACGAAUUCCAGUACUCAACAAUACACAGUUUCAACUACCGAAAAAUUUACUAAUUGAUACCGAGAGCUCUUUGCCUUUCUUGCCUCGAUUUGUAAAAAGCAAUGUUUCAGACAAUGGUAAUCUGCAUUUAAACCAUACGAACGUGAGAUCGACUGUGGAAUAUGCAGAUGGAACCGUAAAUAAAAAACCAAGAUUGACCUCUAACGUUUCAGAAGCCGUUUGUCUCGAAAAUACUUUUAAUCUCGGUAAAAAUGAUAGCAGCAGAGUAAGAAAUACCAGAGAAGAUAGCAAGACUGUAGAAAACAGUGCAAACAUGGCCGAAGAUAAGCAAAUGAGUGAAGGCAAUUGUCAAAAAAUGAACACACUUAAUAGUGAUUUAAUAGAUAACGCAAACAUUGGAGUAAAAGAAAUGUGUAAUCGGGAAAUCAAGUGUAAACCACUAGAACAAAAUUUCACCAAAAAUGAUGAGAUCAAUUCAUCAGUUUGUCCAUCAGUUAUUUUGGCUUCAGCCGUUCAGAAAGAAAGUUGCCCUAAGCUGCCUGGAACUACAAAUGUGCAGAAUGGGAAGUCCAGUUCUAAAACAGUAGUAAGUGAUUUUAUAACAAAGUGUCCUUCAACGAACCAGAGCUUUACAGAGGAACUACCUCAUCAAUGUGAUGCGUUUAAAGAUGAAGUGCAAAAGGAUGUGAUAGUACCUGUCAGUGUAGAAUGCUCUACCACUUCCAUAUUAGAGCCUGAAAAUUCAAAUAUCUUUGAGAAGACAAAAACUGACUGCAAAACAAACAGUACAGAAAAUAUUAUCUACAAAGAUGCGGAUGAGGGAGAGUUUCGAGGAUGCGACAGCUUAUCAAAUUCGAUAAACAAAGAAGCCGUUGUUGAUCGUACUAUGACGACUCCAAGCAGUAAAAAAAGGAAAAGGCCGCAUCGGGUUAAUAAAAAAUCGAAAUAUGCUGCCAAAGAUGAUGAUGAUGAUAAGGAAAAGUGCAAGAAAAGUUAUAUAGUAAAAAAUGAGAGUUCACAUAAAAAACAAAAAGGAAAAGAAUUAAGCGUAAAACAUAUUCAAUCCAAGCAGCCCUUCCUACAGAAUUCUAAAGCUUACCAAGAUAUAGAAUCUCGCUACAUGGGACAUGACCUAACAGGUUCAACGUCGGUGGAAAAGGUUUUUGAGGAAAGAUGUGACAUAAUCAACAAAGUGGAAUCUGAAAAGCUGUCAAAAGUGAAAGACCACCACCUUCUUAAACUUUCUGAUAAAGAGCGAGAAUACUUGAGAAAUAAAUGCUACCUGGAUAAUGAUCUAACUGUUGAUGUCAGGCGCAGAUUUGAAGAACAAACAGGCUCUAAAAAUGACACUGUGACGGGUGCACCGCAAUGUAACAUUGAUGGCAAUGAAACUGUUAAUAAGGAUGUAAUAAGAAAAGAAACAAGUCUUUUGUCCGGAACAAAAAAUUCGAAACUUAGUUCAGGACGCAACACCGAUCAAAAUCCAGUUGUUUCCGAGGCUUCUACGAGUUUUGCUUCUAAAAGAAAAGCCGAAAGUACAAAUGACAAAGAGCAGUUGUUUAAACUGCAUCUGAAGCCGCCUGAAAAGGAAAAACAAAUAGGUGGCCAAACUGUUGGACAAUGUCAGUCAAGUGUCAGUCUUGAGCAGCCCGUAGUCCGAUUGCAGUGCUUAGAUUGUAUACCUAACGAAAAACAAGGACUCGCUGUGGAAAAUUCCGAGAAACCGCGCAGUAUCCAUAUAAACCAGCAUAUUGCAAACUUUCCGACAACUUCGAAAAAGGUAUAUUACGUUGUUAACAGCAGCGACAUUUCAAGAUUUAAAAAUCCAGCCGGUAGUGCAAACAGUGUGACUGAUCUUAAAAACAAGAUAUCGGCGUCACCAGCAUCUUCGUCGCCGGAUAUCACACAUACGAUUGGUCCAAUAAAUAUGACCAUAAAUACAACAAUGUGUCAAUCGUCUACAAACAAUAAACAAUUUCCUGCCGAUCUAAUGCAUAAGAUAUCGACAACAUCCAGUUCAAAUGUAGCCGUCUCUGACAAUCAGUUGGAACCAGAGCAAGAACUGCUCCUGCACAAAAUGGAGAACCAUACAUUGAAACUCGCUCAGAAUAACGUAGCUCCACCGAAGACAUAUAGCAGUAAAUUAACAGUUAAGAGACUACUAGAAGCUAAGCGAGAUAACAGGAAAAACAACGUUGUAAUAAGCAGACAAAUGGACGGAAAAUCAAAGCAGGCAGCUUCCUUUCCAGUGCAACUUUAUGGAAGGGCAAUGUUUGGAGGUUCAUUUAAGGCAACAGUUGAAACAAGCAAAUUAGAGGGAACCUCUGGUAAUACGGAGAUUUUACCCAAUGGUUUGCCUUCUAACACAUCUGCAGUUGUAUCCAGUAGUUCUAGCGGAAACCCAGUUUCUAGCAGUUCUUCGAGUCUCGUCCACCAAUACAUUUACCAAAAUGGAAUUCAAACGCAAACAGGUAGAAAUGUAAAUAUUGUAAACCCGGUCCUCAUACCGAUUUCAAAAAUUCAGCGGACUUUAAUCUCGUCGGCGUCUCUUUUCUCUUUGCCGUCAAUGACGAGGAAGCCUGACACGCUUACACCAUCUGAGAUUAAUUCAUCAAUUAGCACCAGCACUUUGUCAUUUCAAAGCGGAAGUGAGAAAAGAAAACCGGUUUAUAUCAAAAUUGGAGAACAGACUAUGAUUGUGAAACGGAGUGAAGAUAAAUCUAGCACCAAAAGAAAAACUUUACCCGCUCCAAAACCAAAGCGUACAAUUGCUGAUGAUUAUAAAAGAAAACAUCGACGGUCCAGAGGGAUGUUUAUACAGAGAGGACAUCAUAUAAGUCUCAGAACAAAGUUAAGGAAACUACUGAAGAGAUCUGAUAAGUCAGUGCACAAAUUGAUGAAUUCUUUGGAUCUUGUUCCUGUGGAUUUGCUGAAACAAUUUACAGAUACAAAGGUAAAAAAGGAUUCAUCGGAGAGUGAAUUCGACAAAUCAUGCAAAGAAAUGCGUGUAAAUGAGAUUAAGGAAACGACAAAAGUACCUACAGAAGAUGGCGCUUCUGAAAAUAUUUCCAGAGAACAGAAAUCGAAGGUUUUCAGUAAUCCAACAAAUAUGGCAAAUGUAGUGCAAAUAAGUAAGCACGAAGAUGGAAGUGUCAAUUACAGCAUUCAACAGAUGCAGGUACUAUACAGAAAACCAGGAUCAACCAAAUUUCAGCGUUCAUUUAGACACUUAGGCUUUUCUUGUCGUCUGCAGUUCUCCGCUGAUGGAAUAAUUGAGAAAAUUUAUAUAGAAAGUCUUCAAAGGGGACUUUAUCUACUUGAAAAUGUCAACGGGAACAAAGCAAAACUUACGAAAAAAAGGAAACUUAACACGUCUCUUGUUCCGUACCCACCGCAUAUUGCUACAAUUCCGAGUGGUUCUUUGUGUAUCGCUGUUGGUGACAUAUAUCCUGAAGAACAGAAAAGUCAGUAUAUAUUCGAGACAGAAAGCAAGGAUAUUCACAGCAUAAUUGAUAGAUUCCUGAGGCCGUGUGCCAUGCAGAACAUGCAUGAUUUUAUCGACAAACGCUAUAGCUCUAUCACUGAUCAAAGUAUGUCUCCCAGAUGUAGUUCGCCGAUGUUUUAUUCUGAAGAAAUGAGAGAUGCUUUCGACUUCUUCGAGGGUUCUUUCGAUUGCUCCAGUAAAGGGUUACCUGUUGCUAAAAGAUCUGAAACGAGUUUUGCGAAACAUGAUAUACAGACAAGAUUCAGCGAAAGAGCAAUGGCAUUAAAGAUCAAACAAAACGAACUAUUUGAAAGUUGUAGAAAACUUAAGUCUGAACAACCUUUAAAAGAAGGGUAUAAAAAGAAGAGAGAGAAAAUCCUACAUAGUAAUCCAUCAAGAACAGAGAUAACUAAGAGAAACGAUGACGGGGGAGUCAGAAUACUCAGUCAUGUACGAGAUAUUUUCAAUGGAGAGGAACCAUGUUGUGUAACUACAACAUAUCCUUGUGCUAAUGACACAAAUGAUAAUAAUCCCGAUGUAGAUGUGAAGUGAAAUUUCACAAUGAAAUAUUUGUAUUAGGAGACCAGCAUGUUCAUGAUUUUAUAGACAUAGCGGAAAUGGUAAUUAACCGAAAUUAGUCGGGCUUUUUUAUGCUAGAGACAUUUUAUGUAGCGACUACGAUAUACUCCUCAUGAUUCAAUACAUUAAUCAUUAAACCAGCCACAACUAUGACUGUCGUGUGCGAUAUUUUAGGUAUUUCAUGAAGAAUUUAUUAAAUUGAAUAUGAUAUAUUGUUGCAUGUAAUUUAGGUUUUGAUCCAUGUUUUUUUGCGGCUUGAACUUAAAAUUUAUCCAUUUUACUCGACAGACAACGUUCUAUCCACAAGUUUGAGUUAACUUCCAUUGGGCUGAAAUAUAGUGCUAUUAAGAUACCCCAACCGAUUCUAUAUUUUCUAGCCGAUGCUAUUUUUUGUCACGAAAAUAUAUUCUACAGUUCAUUAAUUAAGCUGCACUAUAUAAAAAGCAAUCUUCGACGAACUGUACAGGAGAUAUAUUUACAAACACGCAAAAGGGUCUUAAGGAUAGUAUAAUAACACAUGUAAAUCUACCAUGUCGUUGUGUAAAUAACUAAAUGAAACUUAUUUAUUGACUCUCUUUUUCUUUUGGACAUGUUACCUGAACAACAUAUUUGAACUAAGUAAAGAAUAAGACGCUUGUGCUACCGCGAGUGAUUAAUAGACGUGAGGUCAUUGUUUUUAUGUGGAAUUUUAUUUCGAGCAUAUUUUAAUACAAGCUGGUGCUAAGAUUAGUUUUCAAUCAGUAUUUGUUUUCAUAUGAUAAACAUUGAGAAGUUAAAAAGGUUAUGUCCAGUGCAAAAUCAUUAUGAUAAAGAAAACCUUUUGGUAGCAUAAAGCAUCAUUAUUCAUUAUACGUAAAAAAGGACCUAUAUAACAUCACUGUGCAUUUCAGCCACUUGGUCAUUAAAAUUACAAUAUUAGAAGUGCGUUUUUGUUUUCGCUGCAUACGUUUUAAACUUGUAUAUUGCAGUUUAGAUAGUAUUAAUACAACAAACACAAUUUAAAAAAUUCUAAAAUA